GGCGCAAGUGACAUCAGCAACCGAUGCAGCGAGUCACGGUCAGGUCACAGAAAUUGCAUUGGUUUGAGGAGCCAGGCUUCUUCUUUCUCUGAACCAGAUCCGAGUUGGCUGGCGGUCGCUGCAGCACCGCCUUUUCCAAUGUCUAAUCAACAAUACACGUAUGCUGAUUCAUCUGAGCUCGAAAGUAGCCGUGAAGAGUGGAAAUCCCCAUCAACUAAUCAUUCGAAGCAAGAGUUAGCGCACUCUGAACCUAGCUCUCACCCUUGGGCGAUACUGUCCCAGGAUAGACAAGUUUCAGCAUCAGUGGAACAACCCCUUCCACAUGAUGAGAAAGAAGCGUCCCACACGGACAGCAUUCGAAAUUCGAUAUUCAGGAUUGAUCCAUGUCCUAUACUUUGAUUGGUUCAAGAAUUUCGAGCAUGUUUACCUUGUUGUUCCGGAAUUGUGAGUGUCCACUGGUCAAAUCUUCCACAGACCACAC